AGGACAGAAUCUUGUUUUUCGAUAGUGUAGACAUUACAAAUAAUGAAUGCAACACAACUUGUAUGGUAGACACUAUCGUUUGCGAGUCCACGGGCAGACAUACUGGAAUAUGUGCUGAGCAAGCAACUACAAAAAUUGUGCCCACCGCCACUCAAUCAAAGGAAACUGUAUCGGAAAUGAACGCGGGUCCUAACUUGUCGAUUGUUGCUAGUGCGAUAACGUCGAGUGUCGUGGCCACAAUAGCUAUGAUUUUACUAAGUUACUUGCUAAUCCGACGUAGACAGAGAAGAACAAAACCAGGAAAUGACAAACCUGUAUCUAAAGUUGCAUAUCAGGAUUAUGUAACUGAAGGUACACACGAGUAUGCGACGUAUAAUGCUGUUGUCCAAAACCAGAAAACCACAGCUGACGAGGUUGUGUAUCAAAAAUCAAUAAACGUUGAUAAAAGCAAAGGAACUGGAAACCAAAAAGGAAUUGCAAAUGCCAUGGUUCGUGGUCAGACUCUCAAUCAUGCAGUUCCCAAACUAUUUAGUCACAUUAACGCAGGCCGCAGCCAGAAAGUGAACAGUUCACUGGACUAUGUCGAUAUACCUUAUAAGAACACUAUUCGCGUUCCAGCGAUUCGAGGAAGAGUGAAACAAAUUGAGUUUCAGUUUAGCGGGGAUUACAGUGAAAUUGAUGCGUGUAUUCCAAAUGAGAACCAAAGCACAGAGCCAAAUGAUUAUCUGCAGAUAAUUGGUUGAAACUAGUGGAAUGCUUUGCUCAGAAUAAUGUCUGGUGGCUGCUGAAAAUGCGAUCACCAGCGUUUAAUGAUUUGAAAUAUUUUCUGUAAUAAUUUAAUAUAGCUUGCUGUAGAACAUUAUGACUCAGUUGGGGCUAUCGUUUAGAUUAGGCCCCUAUGUACUCUAAAUUUGGUUAAUUUAUCGGUUGUCUACUAUAUAUAACACCACGUUUUACGUUGUAAACAAUUUUCUUAUUAUUUUUUAGUUUCAUGCAAGAAUUUAUGCCGUAUGAAGAAUUUAUUACAAAUUUCCAUUUGUUCAUUACUGAAUAAACAAGACAUUUUAUAGAUAAAAAACUCACAUAAGCAACGAUUAGGCUUAUAUAAGAGUAAAAAAAUAAGUUAUAUAUGUGUAUAGAUUUUAUCUUUCUUUUUUUGGCAUCAAUACAGACAAUAAUAUAAAAUAAAGUAUAAAACGUUAGAAGCAAAUAUUAAAGAGAAGGGAACUAUGAAAAUAAAUAAAAAUCAGAUAAAGAUAAAUAAAAUGACUUAUUUCCAAUAAUAAUAUGUUAGACUUAUAUAGCGCUGAACGCUAACAAGGCCUCUUGACAUUAUUACCCUCCCCACCCCAGCAGCUACAUCAGGGCUUCAAUUCAAAAAAUAAAAAGUUUUUAUGGUAUGCAUUUUACCGAAGUCAACCAACAGUAAUUUAGUCAAAUUUAUAUUUUAAUGGUAUGGUAUAAAUUUGCUGUUAAUAUUAGAUAAGCCUGUUAGUUGAAAUUACUAGUUGAUGAUUUUUUUUCAAACAUUUCUCAUUUUUAAUGGUGUACAGUAUAUAUAUAUAGAGAAGUAACAUUACAUAGUUUUAUUGAUUUCUGGAAUUUAUAUAAAAUAAUAGGCUAUCAUUAACAUAUUGGCAGAUUCUGGUUAUUUAUUCAUUUAUUUUUUUGAGGUAGUUUGUUGUACUCUGUAUGUCAUGUACUUGUACUGGUAUUUAUUUUUGUAUUUCAUAUGGACAAUGUCUGAAAUAAAAGUGAAUGAAUGAAUGCA